UGUUCAAAAAGAUCAAGCAAAAUAACGAGAACGUAAGCCUUGUUUUAUUUGGUUUUUAAAACUGAUAUCAGGACUUAGCCUUAUUUUGCAGUCGAAUAAAACGCAGAUAUGUUCGUGGCCCGUAGAAUUUCGCAAACGGCAAGCCUGGCGGUGCGUGGCAAGCACACCCUCCCGAAGCUGCCCUACGACUAUGCCGCUCUGGAGCCAAUCAUUUGCCGGGAGAUCAUGGAGCUGCACCACCAGAAGCACCACCAGACCUACGUCAACAAUCUGAAUGCCGCCGAGGAGCAGCUGGAGGAGGCCAAGUCGAAGAGCGACACCACCAAGCUGAUUCAGCUGGCUCCUGCCCUGCGUUUCAAUGGCGGUGGCCACAUCAACCACACCAUCUUCUGGCAGAACCUCUCGCCCAACAAGAGCCAGCCCAGCGAUGAUCUGAAGAAGGCCAUUGAGUCGCAGUGGAAGAGCUUCGAGGACUUCAAGAAGGAGCUGACCACGCUCACCGUGGCAGUCCAGGGCUCCGGCUGGGGCUGGCUGGGCUUCAACAAGAAGACCGGCAAACUGCAGCUGGCCGCCCUGCCCAACCAGGAUCCUCUGGAGGCCUCCACUGGCCUGAUCCCGCUCUUUGGCAUCGACGUCUGGGAGCACGCCUACUAUCUGCAGUACAAGAAUGUGCGUCCCUCCUACGUGGAGGCCAUCUGGGACAUCGCCAACUGGGACGAUAUCUCCUGCCGCUUCCAGGAGGCCAAGAAGCUCAGCUGCUAAGCACAGUCGGCGAUGGUCUACGUUUAAUCUAUAAGCAUCUGCGGAUCGGAGAUCCUAAAUUGUAGUCGUAAGUUGCGGCUAAUAAAUUGGUACCAGCUAGCAACUAA